CAUUGUAUAAAGAAAUUUCGGGUAUUGGUGAUGAGAAAGAAAAAAAGAAGAAGCUUAGUGAUAUGAUUAAACAAUCAAUUCCAAACUUUAAUAAUCUAAAAAAUAAAUUAUGUGAAUUUUCUCGUUUGAAAAAAUUUUAUAAAUUAAUUGUUUUAUUAAUCGAAAAUCCUACAUUAAAUGCAAAAAAAAUUCCAUUAGAAUUCUGUUUUCAACAAUUUAGUGGUUUGGGUUUAACGGUUAAUUAUCUAUAUGAAGUUAAAGAACAAGAAUUUAAAAACUUUUUAGACA